AUGUCUUCUACAGCUCCAUAUUUGGUCAGUGCAACUUCAGAGGUACAGAAGCUUCAAACAGAAAAUCUUGUCUUGAAAGAUCAGAAUGAAAGGCUGCAGCUGAGGCUCGACCAACUCAGCAACAAGUUUGGACAUGUUGCUACCACAAAAACAGAUCUCUCCCAGCAGCUGUUGCUAAGUGAAGAGGAGAAACUCAAGGUCUCUCAAUCACUGGUGGAAAUGCAGAUAGAAAACAACAAAAUCAAAGAGGAAGCAGAAGCCACCAACUUUGAACUGACAAACAAAAUCAUCAUGCUAGAGAACCAGCUGAUGGAGGCUCAGAAUGAAAGGGACAAGUACCACAGGCAAGCCAAGGCAGCCAAGGAACGACUGGCUGAGAUGGAUGCUGACAGAAAAGACCUGGCUGAUGAAUAUGUGGUUCUGAAAACCAAUUAUUUGGCCCUAACAAAUGAACACAAGAGAGAAUGUCAACGAAAUGAGAAUUUGGCCAUAGAACUGCUAAAUCUGGUCAACAACAAGGCAGCACUCAUGAGACAGGUUCUGAUCCUUACAAAUGGAGACCCAAGCACAAUGGAUGAUCCCAACGCUGAAAUUGCUAGAAUUAGAGCCAUUAUUCAACAGAACACUUCAGGGAAGAUCCAGCCUGACCAGAUUUUGGGAUCUCAGAAAGACAGGGAGCAGGUGGAAGAACGGCUGUUUGCCAGCAAGAGAAAGUUUGACACAGAAAUCAACCGCCUGAAGCAUGAGUAUGGAGAUGAAAACAAGAAAUAUGAAAGCAGGAUGAAUAAUCUCAUGAAAGAGUUGACAGAUGUUAGAACUCUGGCCAGGGAAAGACAACAAAAGAUUUCAGAGAUCAAUGCUAAACUCAUUAUUCUCAGAGGAGAAAAAGAAGCCCUGGAAACACAGGUCAAUAGGUUACAGCAUAAGGUCAAGGACCUUGGGGAAGACUUCAGGGCAAGGCUGGUGAAAUAUGUGGAAGAUAUUGCGGAAUAUGUAGACAAAGGCAGUGGUGUGCCAGGACAGCAGCAGGACAAGAAAAUGCGGGAAUACUGUGAUAACAUGCUGAAGGACAUCAGGAAGUCACAUCGAGAGCGAGAGGAUCAGCUCAGCCAGGCCGCCCAGACUUUCAAGAAACGGCUGCAGAAUGCAAUCCACAGUUAUGAACAAGUCUUAGUUGCAUACAGGAACUUAAGGCAGACUUGUGAGGCCCGAGGAUUUGACAGAGCUGACCUUGGACCAGACGAAACAGAACUGAAACUUGGAGACACAGAAAUCCAGUCCUCUCAUCUGAAAGAGCUUGACAAGACCAAAAGUGAGCUGGCAAAACUAAGGAGUGAGAUGGAUGCUAUGAAACUACGGUAUGGUCUGUUUGGUGAUGACAAGAAAGAUGGCUUUGGUGAAAUAAAUUCAAGUUCGGCCAAGUCUGACCUGUGGUCAGCCAUGAGGAAACAACUUCGGGAGUUCACACUCAACACUCAACAACAGCUGGAGCAGGAGCGGGCACGGUUGCUGAGUGAGAACCAGGUUCUGCAACAACAGUUGAAGGAAAGCCAACAUUAUAUAGACAGUCACCUCAUCAGAUACAAGCAAGAGAUUCUAAGGCUGCGCAAGAUGCUUGGCAUGUCUGAGGCAGAGAAUGCAUUCCUGACAGACAGAUCAAACAAGAACAAAAAGAAAUGA